AUGAAAUCCGUUUUUGGAAGAGUUCUUACGGAUAUAACAAAUAUACAAGAUUCAAGGAGGCGACAAAAAAAUCAUGGAGCUUCUUCAAGUGCAUCAGUCCUGACUACUUCACAAAUCUCCUCUUUGACCCCUCCAAGUGUUGCAAAACCAGUUGGUGGUCAACACAAAAGACAAGCUUCACAAGUUUUGGGCGAUAUAUCUAAUCAAAAUAAACUGAAUCCAAAUUUUGGUCCAAUUCGUCGGCUUUCUACUCUUAAAAAAAAUGGAAGAAAGCAACAAUAUCAGACAGGAACCAUUAAUCUGGGAAACACAUAUCCAUCAUUCGAUCCAAAUACUAUUAGUAAAUUCAGAGAUUUGGAUGAUGAUUCAGAAGACUCGGACCCUUGCCAAAUAGACGUUGAGGAUGAUGAUAGUGAUUCUGAGGAAUAUGAAGAUCAAGUUUUUGAUUGUAGUAGUCAAGAAGAUGAACCUUAUUAUUCAUCAGAAGAUGAUCAUACACCCGAGGAGAUACAUAAUCAAAGCAAAACCCGUGAAGAAUUGUUUAAGGUCAUUGACGACAGUUUUGAAAAGUUCUUUGGGACAACAACACCCACAUCUGAAAGAAAAAGAAAAACACAAGCAAAAGAUGCUUAUGUUGAUGAUGGUGACCCUGUACAUUCAUGCCAAUACUGUGGUGCACUGUUUUGGUAUGGUGAAAGGCUUAAUAAAAGGAGGAAUACAAAUAACCCAAUAUACAGCGGAUGUUGUAUGCAUGGUCAAAUUGUUCUACCAGAGCUGAAAGAGCCACCUGAAUUAUUGUUGUGGUUGCUAACUUCAGAUGAUCAACUUGCCAAGCAUUUCAGGGAAAAUAUAAGAGCUUACAACAUGAUAUUCUCAUUUACGUCAAUUGGUGGGAAGGUUGACCAUGCAGUAAAAAAGGGUCAUGGACCUUCUAUGUUUGCACUACAAGGAGAGAACUAUCAUCUCAUGGGUGCCUUGAAACCAAAAGAUGGCGAUCAUGCAAAAUUCCAACAAUUAUAUAUUGUUGAUACUGAAAACGAAGUCGCUAAUCGGAUGAAUAUUAUGAGCAAAGGCAAGGACGAUGAGGGUGUAUCAAAAAGGAAAAAGUUCAGAAAGGAAUUGGUGGAGAAAUUAUUAAAGAUGUUGGAUGAGAUUAAUCCUCACGUACAAGCUUUCCGAUUUGCUAGAGACAGAUUCGAGAUGGAUAAAGAAAAAGCUAAUUUCCAUAUGCGUAUUGUCUCUUCACGUGAGAAAGAUGCCCGUGUAUAUAACCUUCCAACAGCUUCUGAAGUCGCUGCACUUAUACCUGAUGAUAUGGAAGAAAAUUUGAAUAAACGUGACAUAGUCCUACAAAGAUCAUCUGGUAAGUUGAAAAGAAUUCAUGAAUGUCAUGUUGCUUAUCUUGCCUUGCAAUACCCACUUUUGUUUCCAAGGGGAGAAGAUGGUUAUACGCUUGGGAUCAAAAAGACUCCGAAACCUGGUUCGAAACAGAAAAAGCAAAAGGAUAUCAGUAUGAGACAGUGGUUUGCUUAUAGACUUCACGAGAGAAAAGAUGAGAAACAUACCCUCUUUCGGUCUAAGCGUUUAUUGCAGCAGUUCAUGGUUGAUGCAUAUACGAUGAUAGAGUCUAAUCGUCUCAGAUAUAUUAAAAAAAACCAGAAGAAAAUACGCAGCUCCAAUAUACAAUCAGUUCAAAAUGCAGCAGACGCAGGAGAUGAAAGUCUGAUUAACCAAGGAAAUAGAGUUGUCAUACCACCUUCGUUCACUGGUGGUCCAAGUUAUAUGAGGCAGAAUUAUUUGGAUGCUAUGGCGUCAUGUAAACAUUUUGGAUUCCCAGACCUGUUUGUAACAUUCACGUGCAACGCCAAGUGGCCGGAAAUAACAAGAUUUGUCAAUGCGAGAAAGCUAAAUGCAGAUGAUAGGCCGGACGUCAUAUGCAGAAUUUUUAAGAUGAAACUUGAUAAUCUCAUGGAUGAUUUGACCAGGAAACAUUAUCUGGGAAAAACUAUCUCAGCCAUUUAUCAGAUUGAGUUCCAAAAACGUGGACUACCUCAUGCUCAUAUCAUUCUUUGGAUGGAUGAAAAACAUAAAUUCCCGACAUCUGCUCACAUUGACAGCAUAAUUUCGGCGGAGAUUCCAGAUAAAGAGAAUGAUCCGGAGAUAUACGAAGUAGUGAAAGAAUGUAUGAUACAUGGUCCAUGUGGAAGUGUUAACAACAAUUCUCCAUGUAUGGUUGACGGCAAAUGUUCAAAAUUCUUUCCAAAGGAAUUUGUUGAGAUAACCAAUCUGGACAGAGAUGGAUUUCCAAUCUACAGAAGAAGGAAUGAUGGUCGUUUUAUUGAAAAGAGUGGUUUCAAGUGCGAUAAUAGAUAUGUUGUCCCAUACAAUAGAUUGUUGUCUUUAAGGUACCGAGCUCACAUAAAUGUCGAAUGGUGUAACCAAACUGGAUCUGUGAAAUACUUAUUUAAGUAUGUACACAAAGGUCCAGAUCGUGUCACAGUUGCUGUGGAGGCUGGGGAUGAAGAGGAUCAAGAAGGUGACACUAAUACGGAAAAAAAAACAAGUGAUGAUGUUCAAGAUUAUUUUGACUGCAGAUAUGUUUCUGCAUGUGAAGCAGAGUGGAGGAUACAAAAGUAUCCUAUACAUUUUAGAACAACACCGGUAAUGAAGCUUAGCUUUCAUGAAGAAGGGAAGCAGCCUUUGUUUUUCAAAGACAAUGACACUCCACAAGAUGUGUUGAAUCGACCAAGUAUUGAUGAUACCAUGUUUACCAGUUGGUUUGAACUCAAUCAGAGGGAUGCUGAUGCAAAGAAAGUGUUAUAUGAACAGAUUCCAAACAAUUACAUUUGGGAUAAGAAGAAAAAAAUGUUUCGUCGAAGAGGGAGAACAGGAUUUUCGAUUGGGAGGAUAAAUUUUGUCCCACAUAAUUUAGACGAUUCAUACCAUUUGCGGAUUCUUCUAAACAACGUACCUGGAGCAACCUGUUUUAAUGACAUUAAAACUGUCAAAGGUAUUGUUCAUAAAUCAUACAGAGAUGCCUGUUAUGCUCUAGGGUUGUUAGAUGAUGAUAAGGAGUAUAUUGAAGGUAUAAAGGAAACCAAUUUUUGGUGUUCGUCUAAAUUUUCCCGAAGACUUUUCGUUAUAAUGCUUUUAUCUGAGAGCUUAAGCGAUCCACGAAAUUUAUGGGAACAAACAUGGCAUAUUUUGGCAGAAGAUAUAGAAACGAAACUAAGACGAAAGACAAAACAGAUAGAAAAGCUUUUGAAGAGAAAUGGAUCAUCUCUUAAAAAAUUUAAAGUCUUGCCUCAGCUAUCAAGAGAAGAUGCACCCACACAUAAUCAGUUGAUAUUGGAUGAACGCAACUAUCCACGCGAAGAAUUGACUAAAAAGCAUGCUGGUUGGUUGCAGAUGUUAACGGAAGAACAGAGGAAAUGUUAUGAUGAGAUUAUACAAUCUGUUCAAAAAGACAAUGGAGGAGUUUUCUUCUUAUAUGGAUUUGGAGGUGGAAGAACAGCCCACUCGAGGUUCGCACUACCUUUGACUCCAACUGAAACAACUACAUGCAACAUGUCCCGUGAAUCAGAACUUGGUGAAUUGGUGAAAGAAGCAAAGUUAAUAAUAUGGGAUGAAGCUCCGAUGAUGAGUAAGUACUGUUUUGAGACAUUAGAUAGGAGCUUGAGAGAUAUCAUGCAAAAUACUGAACUACCGUUUGGAGGAAAAGUAGUGCUAUUUGGAGGUGAUUUCAGACAUAUACUUCCCGUCAUUGUAGGCGGUGGAAGGGAAGAAAUUGUUAGUGCUUCUUUGAACUCUUCCGCUUUAUGGAAUCACUGCAAAGUCUUGAGGUUGACCAAGAACAUGAGACUCAUGCAGAACAUUGCUUCUACCGAUGCCCGAGAGAUUGAAGAGUUCUCUAAAUGGAUUCUAUCUAUUGGAGAAGGAAAGGUUAACGAGCCUAAUGAUGGAAUUGCGGAAAUUGAUAUACCAGAAGAUAUUCUCAUUUCUGAGGCUCAGUCUCCUUUGGAAUCGAUCAUAAAAGCGGUUUAUGGCACAACCUUUGCAAUGGAGAAUGAUCCGAAAUUCUUCCAAGAACGAGCUAUUCUUGCUCCAACCAAUGAGGAUGUUAAUUCUAUAAAUGAUCUAAUGUUAUCAGCACUCAACGGUGAAGAACGAAUCUAUUUAAGUUCAGAUUCAAUCGACCCUCAAGAUAAACGUUCCCAAAAAAAUUCGGUAUAUUCUCCUGAUUUCCUAAAUACUAUCAAGGUUUCUGGGUUGCCCUACCAUAGACUUCGUCUUAAAAUUGGUUGUCCGAUAAUGUUGAUGCGCAAUAUUGAUCCUCAUGGUGGCUUGAUGAAUGGUACAAGACUUCAGAUUAUGCAAAUGGCUGACCAUGUUAUUCAAGCUCGGAUUUUAACAGGCACAAAAGUUGGGAAAAUUGUUAUAAUACCAAGAAUGUUGAUCACACCAUCAGAUACGAGAUUGCCUUUCAAAAUGAGAAGAAGACAAUUUCCGGUGUCUGUUGCAUUUGCUAUGACUAUCAACAAGAGUCAAGGGCAGUCCCUAUCUUAUGUUGGUAUAUACUUGCCUAGACCGGUGUUUUCUCAUGGGCAGUUAUAUGUCGCAUUGUCAAGGGUGAAAUCAAAAGCAGGUUUGAAGGUUCUUAUUACAGAUACAAAAGGAAAGCCACAAUGGAAAACACUUAAUGUCGUAUUCAAAGAAGUAUUUCGAAACCUUCGUUAGAAACUUCAGGUCAUUACAAUGAUCAAGCAAAUAAAGAUGACAUUUUCU